AUGAAGCUCAAAUCCCUUUGGCAGUGGUCUCGUCGCGCGCCAGGCUCUACGUCUCGAAACGCUACCGAGGAGCGCGAGAGCACUGACCAGAAUGCGACAGUCAAGAGGGGCCAAGAUGGUACGAAGCAGCACCGCGCGCUUCAUCUUGACGGCCUCAAAGGGCUCAUCGCCCUCCAAGCAUGGGUCUACGCCUUCUUCCUCAUUCUUUGUCCAGGAGUGAUCACCGAUACCGCAGUGGAUGGUGCUCAGCCUGCUGCAUUCCUGCUUGGUGGACCACAGUGGCAGGACAAGAUUCGCACAGUAAUGUCGCCGCUGCUCUUCGACGGCUCCCUACAAGUCUCCUUCUUUCUCGUGAUCUCUGCUAGGUUUAUCAGCGAGGGCGAGUCUCGCUUCUUCAGGAAUCCCGACAUUGCUGUGCUCUCGCGAAGCAUAUACCUUCGUCCGCACCGUUUCGUUCCGCUCGUGGCUGUCGCGGUAGCCUCGACUCGCAUCUUGCUAGCUCUUCAAGCUUUCAAUUCCGCCAAUCGAUGGUCGGAACGGCUCCCCAGCCUCUACUCGGUUGCGCCAGCCUCUUUCAGCUCCUUUCAAGAAUACCUAUACUUCCUGACGAGCUUCUUCUUCUCCACCCACGACCAUCUGGAUUAUCGUCCCGACAGCUUCUACCUACCUCCCCGAAACACCUCUUGGGCCCUGGCUCGGACUUUUCAACAGAGCUUCACGGUCUACGCGUUGCUGGUCAUCCUGCCAUUCGUGCGCGCCAAGGAUCGCCUCGGAGGUCUUGCAGCCUUCGCCCUAGUGGCUGCCUGGGUAGGAAGUUGGGCCUGGUACUCCGUGUCAGGUGUGAUCAUCAGCGAUCUCUGCCACCGAGGAGUCUUGCAAUCCAUGAGCCGAUCCUCUUGGAAAGUCGGUCAGGUCGCGGUUCGCAAGUGUACUUUUGCCACUUGCCUUUUCCUUGUAGGAGCAAUGCUCAAAUACGCAGGCGCGGUCUGGCCAAGCGUGCGUAAAGCUGAGCUGGUCGCUCACGCAGCGCAGUCCACCGCAAGACUCAACCACAACUUCGAUACCUCUCAAAAAGCCUACCCUCGCUUCGACAAUUGGUUUGUGGUGAUGGCGAUCCUCUGUCUUGUAGAGAUGAGCCCGAGAAUGCGCAAGGUUCUGAGCUCGAGGCUUCUGCGCACCUUUUGCAAGCUUUCACUUGCGCUCCAUCUUGUCUCGGGUCUGGUCAUUCAGACGCUGGGCAGCGAGUUGGUAGAAGUGUCGAUUGCGCGCACGAAUCGAAUAGGAACAAUCCUCAGUACCAAGGACUUCUCCGUUGCCCUAGCGAUCGCAUUCAUCCUGGGAAUGGCUAACCUGCUGAUUCGAGCUGCGAUCGGUGCAGCUCUCCCUUAG